AUGGCGGAUGUAGGGAGCGAUGAAACGCGGACGGCUCUCCCUUCGGCAUCCCACCACAACGGUCCGGUGGCGGUGACCGCACCGGCGGCGGGCACCGCGGGCCUCAGCCCGGCAACUGUGACGUCGGGUCCGCGUAUGGUGCGGAUUGUCAAGUCCGAGUCGGGCUACGGUUUCAAUGUCCGCGGGCAGGUCAGCGAAGGCGGCCAAUUGCGGAGCAUCAACGGGGAACUGUACGCUCCUCUCCAGCACGUCAGCGCCGUGUUACCCGGCGGAGCUGCGGACCGGGCGGGCAUCGCAAAGGGUGACCGGAUUCUGGAGGUCAAUGGCGUGAGCGUCGAGGGCGCCACCCACAAACAGGUGGUGGACCUGAUUCGCGCCGGCGAGAAGGAGCUGGUCCUGGCCGUGCUCUCGGUCCCGCCGCAGGAGGCAGACGGCCUGGAGGGAGGCGAGGACAUACAGCCCAACUACGACUAUGGUGACAAGCAAGCCGUGCCCAUCUCAAUCCCCACGUACAAGCACGUGGAGCAGCACUCUGAGAGGUUUGUGGUGUACAACGUGUACAUGUCGGGCCGGCAGCUGUGCUCCAAGCGCUACAGGGAGUUCGCCAUCCUCCACCAGAACCUGAAGCGCGAGUUCUCCAACUUCAACUUCCCCAAGCUUCCUGGCAAGUGGCCCUUCUCGUUGUCUGAGCAGCAGUUGGACGCCCGCCGUCGUGGAUUGGAAGAAUACCUGGAGCGAGUUUGUUCUGUUCGGGUGAUCGGGGAGAGCGAUAUCAUGCAGGAGUUUCUCUCGGAAUCAGACGAGAACUACAAUGGUGUGACAGACGUCGAGCUGCGCGUGGCGCUACCCGACAAGACAACCAUCUCAGUCAGGGUGCGCAAGAACAGCACCACAGACCAAGUUUACCAGGCAUUAGUGGUGAAAGUUGGAAUGGACAGUAUUAUGGCUAGCUAUUUUGCCUUGUUUGAGGUCAUCAAUCAUACAUUUGUGCGAAAACUUGCUCCCAACGAGUUCCCGCACAAGCUUUACGUGCAAAACUACACGUCGGCCGUGCCGGGCACUUGCCUUGCACUUCGAAAGUGGCUCUUCAGUUUCCAAGAAGAGGAACUGCUCCGAGACAACCCGCUGGCACUGCACUACUGCUUUCAUCAGGCACUGGAUGAUGUGAAGAAGGGAUUCAUAAAAACGGAGGACAAAUCCUACCAGCUGCAGAAGCUGGCAGAGCAGCGCAAGAUGGCCACGUAUCUGAGCCAGCUGCGUUCCUGCGAGGGCUACAACGAGGUGGUUUUCCCCCACUGCUCCUGCGACUCCCGGAGGAAGGGCCACGUUGUCACGGCCAUCAGCAUCCAUCACUUCAAACUGCACGCCUGUACUGAGGAUGGCACGCUGGAGAAUCAGGUGAUUGCAUUUGAGUGGGGGGAAAUGCAGCGCUGGGACACUGACGAAGAGGGCAUGGCCUUCUGCUUUGAGUAUGCUCGAGGGGAGAAGAAACCUCGCUGGGUCAAGAUUUUCACUCCAUAUUUCAACUACAUGCACGAGUGCUUCGAGCGGGUCUUUUGUGAGCUCAAGUGGAGGAAACAGGUUGAGGAAGAGGCCUCUGAUAAAGACAACAAAAACUGCAGCAACAACGAGUUUCUCCCACCCCUGGAGACGCAGCAGAAGGGAUGGCGCCACCUAGGGGGGGAGAUUGCCACAUCCUAA